CGGGUUUUCUUCUGCAUAAUCGCAUCCAAUCCAUCCUCUUAAUUCUUACUCACUUACACCUUUGACCUUCCAACACCGCCAGUCUAUACCAAAUUCUCCUAGUCCGCAUAACGCAACACACCCUCUUCUUAACAACCAGUCCAAAUCGCAAACAUGGGUAACGGUGCCAAGGCUCAACAGAAGCGCGAGCGCAAUGCUAAGGACAAGAACACUGCCAAGUCGCAGCUCAAAGUGAACGAGAAGGCUUGUGAUAUUCAGUGCCAGAUCUGCAAAUCUACCUUCCUCAAGACCACAAAGGCCCCUGCUCUGAAAGAGCAUGCCGAGAACAAGCACAGCAAGACCAUUGCCGACUGCUUCCCCAACGUCCAAGUCGCAUAGACCAUAACAUUAUGUGUUGACAUGAUGGUAUCGUACGAGAAGAGAAAAGUCAAGAAAACAACUGGAAAAUGGGAAAUGUUUAGCG